AUGAACAAUGCCUUGAAGUUUGGUGAGUCGACAAACUGUGUUCGAGUUUCAUUGAACAUCACGGAUGAUGCCAUUAGUGUCUCUUGCACGGACGCUGGGCAGGGCAUAGCUUCGGACUUUAUUCGCCAUUCGAUUUUUGAUCCGUUUUCUCAAGAAAAUCCUGUCACCGAGGGUACUGGUCUUGGACUUUCUAUAGUCAAGCAGACGGUCACUAUGUUUGAUGGCGAUGUACAGAUCGAGUCGAGCAAGAAGCAAGGUUCUACUUUCACCGUUAGACUCCCAUCGACUCAAUUGCUGCACCGACCACUGGAUAGUGCAGCAGAGUACAUCGACACUCAAUCUAGUACUGCUGAGUUGCCUCAGCUAGUGAUCAGUCUUUUCACCCCAAGACGGUGGGAGACGGGCGAUGGAGUGAGAGACCAACGGCGACUUGGAUUACUACUAGAUUCGCUUACGCAAGGUCUAAGACGGUGGUUUCGUAUCACGGUCAUUCCUUGGGAGAUUGCAAGCAUGAAUUCGCAGUCGCGGCUGCUUAUCGCUUUGAAAGAAGACGAAGAGAGCGCAAAACUGACCUACGGUGGCACGUACAGCGACGCUGAGCGUAUCUUGCUUUAUCCAGAUAUGCAAACCGCGCUCAGCCCGCACACAACGCCUUCUGAAAAGAUCGCAGCCAUUACUGGCCCAGUGACUAUUUCAAAACUUCAAGGUGCGCUGGCGCACUUGUUCCCUGAUAUAGUCUCAUCUCCCGAGCUUCGUCGCCAUUCCGACGCUACAUCAGUAACUACGGGACGUCAAAAGCCAUUGGGCAGAGGAAACCUCAAUCAGUCGAGUGUGGAAACAAACGACACAUCCGACGACCCACCGAUAUCAUCACUGUCAGGUUUAGUGCUCGAAGAAAACCCGAAAUCAGACGGCGAAGAAAGCGCUGUGCAUCCACAGUCUAUGCCAGCAGCCACCCAGUCCAGAACUCCAGAGGUACAAGCAUCGAGAGAGCCCAUCGAAGCACGGCCACCAGAACAGAACAUACAAUUACAGACAGUGCAAGUAGAACAGCCGAAGUUGACUACGCCAUUGAAAGCACUCGCAGCGGAGCCGAAACUAUUGCUUGUCGACGACAACGCUGUCAAUCUCAAGGUGCUUACCAUGUAUGCACGCAAAUGUAGCAAAAAGCCUGCAACGUCUGUAGGUGGUGGUCAGGAAGCCAUUGAUGCAUUCAAAAGCGCCAUGGAACCGAAUAACGGUGAAGCUGCGCAACCUUUUGAUCUGAUCUUCCUCGAUCUCUCGAUGCCAGAGGUCUCGGGCUUCGAUGUAGCGAGGGAGAUUCGUGAGAUGGAAGCACGAUUGAAGCGUGAUAGGACGUACAUAUGCGCACUAACUGGGCUUGUGAGUGGGAAAGAUCGUAAUGCAGCAUACGAGUCCGGUGUUGAUAAUUACCUUGUCAGGCCUGCACGGCUGAAAGAUCUACAGGGUGUAAUUGAGCUUUGGAGAAAUAGCCUAAGUCAGUAA